UUUAUUAUGCUUGUUUUGCAGGUAUUUGUGGGGGUAAAAGAUUUGAGCUGCAGCUGAAUAAAACAAGGGCUGAAAAUUGAAGGAUGGCAGCAAAUCCUUCAGGACAAGGUUUCCAGAAUAAAAAUAGGGUUGCAAUCCUGGCAGAACUAGACAAGGAGAAGAGAAAGUUACUUAUGCAAAACCAGUCUUCCACAAAUCACCCUGGAGCCAGCAUUGCACUUGCAAGAUCACCGCUUAACAAGGAUUUCCGUGAUCAUGCUGAGCAGCAGCACAUUGCAGCACAGCAGAAGGCUGCACUGCAGCAUGCACAUGCACAUUCCUCAGGAUACUUCAUAACUCAAGACUCUGCAUUUGGAAAUCUUAUUCUUCCUGUCUUACCUCGGCUUGAGGCAGAAUGAGGAAUGUUGUUUCUCAGAACUGCAAGAUCUGAUUUUUGUCCACAGCAGGAACUGUCUGACCUUUUAAUUUCUUUACUUAUCUUAAAAUCUUUUCUGGAUUGCCUUUUGGGAGCUCUAAUGAUGAAAAAGCAAUGUUGAACAGCAAUUUUUAUCCUGUAUUUCUAUUCCUCUGUCGGGUCAAAGUCAGAGAUAAGACUUCCUUGGUGUGUGAAGUGCAUAGCAUUUGCUCUUCCCUGUUUCUGUGCUUCCUUUAAAAAAUGUCCAAACCAGAAUCAUCAAGAGAUGCACA